AUGACCGGGUCUGAUCCCAAGUACGCCAAGUCAAAAUUCGUAUCACGAGCUCCAUUGGAAAACAAUAAUGCCAAAUGGACCAGGUUGGUCCUGACCACGUACACUGAUCCAAAUGGUGUGGAAAGGACUUGGGAGUCCGCAGAGAGACAGACUCGGCCACCGGGCUGCGAUGUCGAUGGUGUGGGAAUUGUUACUAUCAUCGACAAGCCAACAGGCCCUGAAUUGUUGCUGCAGAAACAGUACAGGCCGCCUAUCGAUAAAGUGGUCAUUGAAGUUCCAGCUGGCCUUAUCGACGCCGGCGAGACCGUCGAGGAAUGUGCGGUGCGCGAGCUGAGGGAGGAGACAGGCUAUGUGGGAGUAGCGGAGCAGACAAGCACUCUCAUGUUUAAUGAUCCGGGGAUGUGUAACACUAAUCUGAAUAUGGUUCAUGUGCGUGUGGAUCUGUCGCUUCCUGAAAACCAGGAUCCUAAACCGCAACUCGAGGACAAUGAGUUUAUCGAGUGCUUCACACUGCCCUUGGGUACAUUGUUUUCCGAGUUGAAGAGACUCGAAGCCGAGGGAUAUGCAAUCGAUGCCCGCGUGGGAACAUUAGCAGAGGGCAUCGAACUGGCGAAGAAGCUGAAGCUUUAA